AUGGCCUGUGUUCUCGGAGCAGAAAUCGAUCAACCUACAGCUGAUUUGAUUGUUCAACUGCAAAUCCAAGACGUCGAACUCUAUUCCGAAACCUCCAAAAGCAAAUCCCGAGAGCCUACCGAUGAAGAACUGGCAUUUCGUUUACAAAAUGAGGAGCUGGAGACUGUUUCCCAAUAUUUUGGGGACCGACGGAUGGCCAUGAGUUUCGCAGCCGCAGUUGAGACUGAUGGGCACGUUGUGGCCGAGAGCCAACUUGAAGAAGAGCGCGCGUCGAAAGACCGACAUAUCGCAUGUCACUUGGAGAGUGCUGGAUUUGCUGUGUCUCCCGACGGUGUCGAAUCGGAAACUGCGGUAUUAGACGAUGAGACCCUCACAAAACUACAGCUCCUGUACGUGUCCGGCUUGAAAGAUUAUCAGGACAUAGACGCGACAGACAGCGAGACCGAACAAGCUGAAUCAUCUGCUUGGGGAGCUCGACGACGCCAUCAGUCACGACCACGAAGGCAUCAAUGCGUCGUUUGCAGAGAAGAAACACAUUUUGUUGAUGUGGCGCGUGUUCCCUGUCAGCACGAAUAUUGUCGUUCCUGUCUGGAAGAACUCUUCAAGGCUUCAAUGGCGGAUGAGUCCCUUUUUCCUCCACGAUGCUGCAGACAACCCAUAAAACUGAACGUGGCUCGCAUAUUUCUCAAAUCAGAGCUAGUCCAGCAAUACGAGACGAAGAAAAUUGAAUUUGAAACUCCCAACAGAACGUACUGCUACAACCCGGAAUGUUCUACUUUCAUCGGCCAAUCUCAUAUUGACGGCGAGGUAGCCACAUGUCCCAACUGCAAGCGCACGACCUGUACAAACUGCAAAGGGCGAGCACAUACAGGCGAUUGCCCUGACGAUAUUGGUAUGCAACAGCUAUUGUCGACUGCACAAGAAAAUGGAUGGCAACGGUGUUAUUCAUGUUGGCGAAUGGUGGAAUUGAAUCAUGGCUGCAACCAUAUGACGUCUGUAUCCCUUUCCCUCUCUUUCAUUAUUCUGACACCUGACGGUAUAUUAAAAAUAGUUGUCCAUGUGGAGUCCAAUUUUGUUACAAUUGUGGCGAGGUGUGGAAGACUUGCACGUGUGAUCAAUGGAAUGAGCACCGUCUCCUUGCACGCGCAUAUCAAGUAA